AUGGAGAAGAACCAACAGGCCGAUUUCGGUGCCAGCCUGAUCGUGGUGCCUGCCAAGGUGAUCCUCAAUGGACUCCGAGCACAUCUCGGAUCCCCAGCGAAAGCAAGGACUAUCAGGUCGACUGGUGAGCUUCUGCAGAAGCUCCAGGGCCUUGAUGAAAAGGAUGCAAAAACGGCAUACACUCUCGUGAUCACCACCUAUGACACCAUGCGCCGGCGGACGAUCAAAGCGGUGGGACCGGAUGGAGAGGAUAUGGACCCCAAGAAAGCCCCAAAUCCAAAGACGAGCAACGCUUCGGAUUGGAAGACAAGUAGGAAGUCGAACCAUGCCACAUCAACCUCCAAGGAAGGGCUCGCCUUGGGCGUUCCACAGAUCGUCCUUGCGCAAAUGGAGGGCAAUGAUUAG